GGAGGACUCCUGCAAACAAAAGGGCAUCCUCCUAAAUUACCCCCCUUAGAAGUAUAUAUAUAAUAUACAUGUAGUACCAAUGACACGCCGCAUAGAAUGAGGAACGCAGCAGCAUGCCAAUGGUUAAAAAUGCCGCCAUCAUCCUCCCCAUUUUGCUAACCCCUGGUUAAUCCUACCCCAUUUAGUAUACAAUUUCGCCAGCCCCCUUUUUUUGUUGCAUAUCUGACAAAGGUGCGCACGAUGUCGUGUGCUUCUAUCUAGGGGGACUACGUAGAGACAAACAACUCAGAUCCAAUGGCCAACCGAACGGACGUGAGCGCCAUCAAAAUCUUUGGCUCUAAUCCGCAGUACUUAAUAUCGAAUAUUAUACGGAGCAAAAUAUAUGAGAGCCCCUACUGGAAGGAGAAGUGCUUUGCCCUGACAUUGCUGAAAUUGCUACAAAUACAACCAGACAAAGAUAUAAUAUACGAGUAUAUAAAAAAUGAAGAAUUUAUUUAUUUAAGAGCUCUGGGCAUUUUCUACCUUAGACUGAUUGGAAAGAGCCUAGAAAUAUAUCGCUACUUAGAACCCAUUUUAUUUGAUUACAGAAAAUUGAGAAUCAGGUUGCAGAAUGGAACCUUCGAGAAAAUUUACAUGGAUGAAUUUGUGGACAACUGUUUA